AGUGUGGGUCUUCACACAAAUUACCCCACUCAUUUUCUUGUCUCUCUGUUUGUCCAUGUUUUUCCUCUCUCUCUCUCUUCAGACACACACACACACACUGAUUAUUAAUUAGCAGUCAAGCACUGGGAAGUGGUACUACAUAUAGAUACCUCAAAUUGGGCAAAAGAAAGUUCAGUUCAAGUUGUAGUACAUGUUCUCUGACUUCUCUGAUUUUCCUCCAUCAUACAUACCAACUUCUCUUACAUCUGCUUUCCAAUAAUUCUCCAUCUCUCUCUCUCUCUCUCUCUUCUUGAUAGUGGUCUGGUGGAUACUAAAAAAAGUUCUACAAUCCCAUCUUUGUUGCUGAUACUGCUCUUCCAAGUCUCAAGUAUCAUUUCACUAUACACAAAUUUUUGCACUCUAUCAUAGCAAAUAAUGUAUUUCAUCAUCAACGUAGGUGAUGGUUAUAUGCUAAGCUGUCCUAAGUGAGGAAUUUGUUUCAUUCCAAUUUCUUAUUGGGAAAGAAGUUGGCUCAUAUAAAGCAGAUCCAUAUAAACAUGAUGACACCAAAUUUGAACCUGGAACCUGAAAAUAAUUUAGAAGCUAGCAGCCAAGUAGGUUUCAAUAUAUCCUUACAAGAAACAUCCCAUGAUCAUACCAAGGACAGCACCACCAUUUCUUCCUGUCAUAAAAAUCUUACAAAGACUGAUCCUGAUCCAGGUUCUAUUUCCCUUGACUUGACCCUCAACUUCAAUUCAAGUGAUGAAGAAUUGAAGGGUACAAGUGAUACUAACAGUGAAGUGGGAGCUGAAACUAAUGCUUCAGCAUCAGCAAUUCCUAGACUUUUCUCUUGUAACUAUUGUAGGCGGAAGUUCUUCAGCUCACAGGCAUUGGGUGGCCAUCAGAAUGCUCAUAAAAGGGAGAGGACAAUGGCAAAGCGCACAAUGCGAAUGGGGAUGUUCAAUGAAAGGUAUAGAAGCUUAGCAUCUUUACCACUUCAUGGUUCUUCUUUUCGGUCGCUUGGUAUUGAAGCUCAUUCUGCAAUGCACCAAAGACAUAUGCCAUUGGUGAAGGCUCCUGAUAUGAGAGCUGCUGCAAAAUUUGAGAAAGACUGUUUCGGAACACCAAUGUUUAUGGAAGAUGAUGAUGUAGGUCUAUUUUGGCCUGGCAGUUUCCGGAGGAUAGAUGAAAGAGGUGGUGUUAAUUUUGGGCAUGAACAUGCUCAUAAUUCAAAUACUAGUUUUGUAGCAUCUGCACCUCCAGCACAAACAUCUACAUCCCCUGAUCUCACUCUGAGGCUUUAAUAUUUUUUAUCUUAAUUGAGUUCAAAUACUAGUUUUGUAGCAAUGGCACCUCAUGCACAAACAUCUACAUCUCCUCAUGGUCUCACUCUGAAGCUUUUGAGUUUCUUCAUCUUUAUCUUCAUUCUCUUCAGACAUGAAAUAAUUAAUUAAUAGUGCUUGCAGUGUACAGUGAGAUGUGUAUGAGCUUAUUUGAAAUUUUCAUUAUUAAUUGUUUCUUAUCAUUUGUAUUUCGCAUCAUUAUUGAUGUUGUAGCUAUUGUGCCAUAGGAAGUUUUGGAAGACAGAAUAAA